AACGAAUAGAGAAACAUGGGUAACGGACCUGAACGCGUCCUGCGCUUUGGCGCCGCGACCUCGGUGCUGCUCCUGCUGUUACUGUCGGGGUUGGUACUUCUGGCCGACGACGUGCGUGCAGCCGGGCUGCUCGAGGGCCGCCAGGUGGACUCGCAGUUCUGGCAGGGAGUGCUGAACAAGACCGCGGAAGGCAGCGCGGACCAGGCAUUCUCAAUGGUCCUCGCCAAGGUCUCCGACGAUCUGGCGGGAGCCAUGGAUCGGAUCAACGAGUUCCUGGACGGCGUGAGACGAAACGUCACGUCCGUCAUACAAGAAGGUGUCAAGAACAAGGCAGGCUCACCGGCGGAGGAAACACGAAAGUGACAAACUGUGGUGCACCCAAUUGCAGUGUGGCGUCGUAGGCUACGUAUUUCCUGUGGUACGACGCCUGUCAAAAGAAGAUGGCUGAACACGUGCACUAAGUGAGGAUAAUUGAUGACGUAGCGGCCCUUUCCUUCGUCACUUGUACCCUGCAUGGGUGGAAGACAGUUCGCAUAGUUUGCUGCUCAACUUGA